AUGGCCGCAGAACAAGAUAUCACCCUCACUUACAAAGAUCGCGUCGCGAUCAUCACUCUCAACAUCCCCAAAAAGCUCAAUGCCCUAACCGGAGACCACUACUAUCUGCUCGGCGAGCGUCUCCGUGAAGUCGAUAAGCGCGAUGACAUUACUAUCACUGUCCUGGCUGGGAACGGACGGUUCUUCUCAGCAGGCGCAGACGUAACCUCCGCCCGCCCCGGCGCCGGCCUGGGAACCAACGUCCGCCGCGAACUUGUCCGCAGCUUCGUCGUAAACAACAUCGACAUAACAAACACCGUCUCACGGCACUCCAAGAUCCUAGUCGUCGCCCUAAAUGGGCCAGCCGUGGGUCUCUCUGCCGCGCUGGUCGGAAUGGCUGACUUCGUGUACGCCGCACCUCACGCCUUCCUCCUGACACCAUUCUCUUCACUCGGCCUCGUUGCCGAGGGUGGCGCCUCCACUGCAUUCGUAGAACGUCUGGGUAUCGCAAAAGCCAACGAAGCUCUUCUCCAAAGUAAGCGAAUUACGUGCGAGGAGCUUGUGAGCGCAGGAUUCGUGAACAAGGUUAUCAAGGCGCCGAGCGGGAAGCCAGAGGACUCGGAGGGGUUCUUGGGUGAGGUUUUGAAGGAGGUUGAUGAACGGAUGGGUGCGCAUUUGAGCCAGAGCUCAAUGAUCAGGAUUAAGGAGCUGAUUCGUAGGCCUGGACGGGAGCUUAUGGAUCGCCAGAAUACGGUCGAGGCAUUCCAGGGUCUAGAAAGAUUCCUGGCUGGUAUUCCCCAGGAGGAAUUCAGGAAGCUGGCUGCGGGGGAGAAGAGACAUAAACUUUAG